CCCACUCUUUGUGAUCUGUCUUCCGCAGAACAACAACCACCCCUCCUCCCGCCAGACACCCCUCGCAUCGAUCAGCGGCGCACCUGCAAGCAUGGCGAGUCCAGGCUCGACGUCCUCUGCCCUCGUGCGCAAAAGGGCCGCGGCGGAGAUGGCGCUGAUGCCUCCGCCUCCGCCAACAAAGAAGAUAAAGAGGCCCAAACAGGUUCUGGACGAGGAAACCUACACAGACGCCCUGUCGAAGAUCAUCGCGCGCGACUUUUUCCCAGGGCUCCUGGAGAGCGAGACUCAGCAAGAAUACCUCGACGCAUUAAACUCGAACGAUCCGCAAUGGAUUCAGAGCGCCGGGCGCCGCCUCAAACAUGUCAUGACCCCUGGUCGACAAAGGCUGAGACGACCGGUGCAGGCUCAGCCAGGAGGUCAGACACCAGUAGGUGUUGGAGGCGACACGCCCAUGUCCACGAUGUCCUCUGCAACUGCAGCUUCACAAGCCCCCGCGACCCCCGAGAUCGAUACGAACAUGAGCCUCGGCGCAUUCCAAGGCAAAUACACCAGCGAGGACAACGAGAGUUUCUACAAACUUCUGGACAAGCAGAACCAGAAGAGGGCUGGGAAAUAUGGCUGGCUGUGGAGAGGGAACAAACUGCCGUCGAAGCAAGAGUUGAAACAAAUGGAAAUCAAGGCAAAGCUGGCGGCCAGCGGGCGGAGCUUGGUGGAUGAUGGCUUCAGGAAAGACAGGCUUGCCAUCCAAGGCAAAGACGACCGGCCCGCUGUUCCUGAGACAUGGAAGUCCGACCCCAAAAACGGUCUAAUGUUCAACCCGGAGAGCUUCGACGAGGACAGGUCAGACACAGUAGCCUUGCGCUUGCAGGAGAUUUCUCGCGCAGGCCCUAAAACGAUCGUGUACGAGAAUACGAGGAUGCCGGGACCGGCCAUUGCGAAGGAUACCACGAGGCCGCCGUCUCCGACCCUCUCCGCCGUCAGAGACGCAAUCGCAGGCCGGAGGAGGCCGGGAUAUCAGGACUCAACUGCCGCCGGGGGAGACGAGACGCCACGAGUCAAUGGAUACGCCUUUGUGGAUGACGAGGAGCCCGAGCCCGAGCCGUCAUCCUCGGCAAUGCCUGUCAUCAAUUUGGGUCCCGGAGAUGAUACGAAGAAUCCCUUCCAGAUUCAGGAGCAGGGCAAGCGGGAGAGUCUGCACCACCGCAUGGUGGACCGGAUAGCCCAGUCCAAGCGCACAUCCGCGAGGGUCGGCUUUGUAGGAAAGGUUGAGAAGACACCGGUCCCAAAGUUUCCCAACAGCCCUCGAGUCUCGGGGGGCGGCUUGACGCCCGCUGCUCAACGUCUUUGGAGCCAAGUUGGUGGAGCCAGCCGGGCCUCGAACAGAACCCCAUUUCCAGGGACUGUCACGCCCAAGACCAAGUCUUCGGGACUGAAGAACAUGACAAAGGGUUGAGAGACCUACAAGAGGCCUAUUUUUGAAAUAAUUUUAGCGUAUGAUACCCAAUAGAAUAGAGAGACCGUGAGAACGGAGCUCAGCUGUCGACAAGA